AUGGCGGGGGCCAACCACGCUGUCUAUGGGGUUGGAGCGGCGGCAGUUGGCGCUGCUUAUGGGCUGGUGGCACUGUUUAUGGGGCCGAGGCGGCGGCGGUGGCCGGCGCCACUUUCAGGGCCGCUGCGGUGCCGCUUACAGGGCUGGCGGCGCUGUUUACGGGGCCGCAGCAGCGGACACAGCCAGCGCUGCUUAUGGGGGCUGAGGCGACAGACGCAGCCGGCGCUGCUUUCGGGCCAGUGGCGCUGUUUAUGGGGUCAAGGCGGCGGCGGCUGGCGCUGCUUACGGGGCCAGCGCGCGGCCGCCGGCCCCGAGCCGCUGGGGCCCGGGGCGGGUGGGGUUGCCCGGCCCGGGACGGUCGGGGGGCGGUCGGGGGCCGGGUCUGGCCCCGGGCCGAGCGCUGACGGCCGCGUGUCGCCCGCAGGGAAGGCGCAGGAGGCCUUGCAGGAACGGUACCGGCUGGGUUCGCUGCUGGGCAGCGGCGGUUCUGGAAGUGUCUUCUCGGGGACCCGGCUCGCGGACGGUGCCCCGGUGGCCAUCAAAUGCGUGCCGCGGGAUCGCAUCCAUCGCUGGGGUGAGCUGCCCAAUGGCACCCGUGCGCCCCUGGAGAUCGUGCUGCUGGACAAGGUGUCCACUGGGUUCCGUGGAGUGAUUCAGCUCCUGGAGUGGUUUGAGCUCCCCAGCUGCUUCUUGUUGGUGCUGGAGCGUCCGGAGCGAUGUCAGGACCUCUUUGAUUCCAUCGUGGUUCGGGUCCUGCCGGAGGAGGAGGCACGGGGGCUGUUUCGCCAGGUGCUGGAGGCCGUGCAGCACUGCAGCAGCUGCGGGGUCCUGCACAGGGACAUCAAACCUGAGAACAUCCUCAUCGACCUGGACACUGGGCAGGUCAAACUGAUUGACUUUGGCUGUGGCACCUUCCUCCAGGACACAGUCUACACCCAAUUCGCAGGAGCCAGGUGCUGGCAAGGAGGCAGCAGAUCACCCCUGUGCCACUGGUGCAGCCCCCCUGUGCCCAGGGAUGCUGGGGCAGCUUUAGGACACGGAACAUGGAGAACCCGGAGCCGACUCUCAGCUUUCUGGAGUCCGCCGUAAGAAUCGUGUGUGUGAGGCACUCUGGGAACAGGGUUUACAUGCCCGGGGUGGGCAGUUCAGAGCUCUUUUCUCCCCCAUGGGCUGAGGGUGUGG